AUGUUCGCUCCUCAUAAGAGCCAGGAGAUUAGUCAAAUCUACGAACGAAACAAUGAAGCGACACUCUAUAUAGCCAACUUGGACGCCCAAGUGGACGAAGAAAUCCUGUGCGAGCUUUUUAUGCAAUGCGGUAACGUCAAGAAUGUGCACAUACCACGGGAUAAGAUCAAUGGCUUCCACGCAGGCUACGGCUUCGUGGAAUACGAAUACGAAUACGAGUGCGAAUACGCAGGGAAGGUGCUGAACAUGACGAAGCUGUUUGGAAAGCCCCUGCGGUGCAACAAGGCGUCCCAAGAUAGAAGGUCCUUCGACGUGGGAGCGAAUCUAUUCAUAGGAAACCUAGACGCAGAAGUGGAUGAGAAAAUGCUCUUCGAUAUUUUCUCCUCAUUUGGGCAAGUAGUAACCGUUAGGAUAAUUAGAAAUGAAGAUGAUACGUCUAAAGGACAUGGGUUUAUAUCUUAUGACAACUUCGAGUCUAGUGACAUGGCCAUCGAAAAUAUGAACAACCAAUUUAUAUGCAACAAAAAGGUUCACAUAUCCUAUGCUUUUAAAAAAGAUUCCAAAGGGGAAAGGCAUGGAACAGCGGCUGAAAGAUUCAUUGCCGCUAACAAGGCUCUAAGUUUAUACUCAGGAAAUGAAAAUGCCAAUCAUGUAAUGCCACAUAAUUUAUCCAAUGCAGAAAAUACAACUAAUACAAAACGUGGCAGAAAUAAUUCCUCGUUAAAUGGGGACAACAGUCAAUUUGUACGACCGCCCUUAACGUCUUCGAAUGCAAUAAAUCCCCCUUCAAACGAUUCCCUGCCGCCAGUUAUGAAUUCGUACUUUCCAGGGAACAUGCCGCCCCCCAUGGGGUCCAGUUUUACGAACCAACCGAUGAACAUGAAUAACGGAAUGCGCCCCAAUGGCUCCUUCAUGAUGCCACAGAAAAUGGGCAACCGGAUGGUGGGGAAUAUGCCCCCGAACCUACCCAUGAAUAUGCCUCCAGGAAUGCCCCCCAACAUGCCGCCUAUGAAUAUACCCCCGAACAUGCCCCCUCCAAAUAUGCCUCUGAACAUGCCUCCUAUGAAUAUACCACCAAACAUGCCACUGAAUAUGCCCCCCCCAAAUAUGCCCCUCAACAUGCCGCCCAUGAAUAUGCCCCCCAAUUUUCCCCCCAACUUCCCCCCGAAUUUCCCUCCAUCCUUUGCGCCAAAUUUCCCACCCAACAUGCCACCCAACAUGCCUCCGAACUUUCCACCCAAUUUUCCCCCCAAUUUGCCGCCCACCCCUCCAGCCGGUAUGCAACUCAGCGGCUCCUUAAACGCAUCAUCAACUGCGGAACCGAGUCAGAGUGGCCCAAGUGAGCAAAAUGAAGUCACGGGGAGUUAG